AAUCUUUUUAUUUCUUCGUUGCUGAUUUGUUAGUUUACUCUGGAUUCAAAUUUCUAAUUAUCUAUAAUUUUUUUUAAAUGUUUCGCUGAGUGAUUAAUUACGUAAUAAUCGAUGAUAGUUUCGUCUUUUUUGUCUUGAAAGACAAAACCAACUUUAUGUUUCCAUUGGUUUGAAGUUUGAACUAGUCCUUGUGGUUGCUGAUUCUUGAAUUUUAUUGGUAGAAUAGAAUCGUCUCUCUAUAUAUAUAUGCUUCUUUGGUUAGAGAUCGGUGUACCUUUUUUUUAUUUCUCAUGGAGAAGCUUGAAUCACGGGGGGGAAGAUAGUCAUGUUUAUGGAAAGCCCGUGUAAAUCGAAUGGGACCCUUUUUUUUCUUGUCUUCUCUUUUUAUCUUCCCCUCUUUUAUCUCUCCUUUUGGUUUCUUUAACAACUCAUUUUAAAUUAGCUUUUUGAAGCCUUGUUUGCUUAUGGUUCCUCAAGUUAUAUGCUCUUCUCAAGAGUAGUAAGGGUGUCUUUUUUUAUGCAUGGAUGGAUUCAAGGGUAAAAGAACAGCCGCAGCACCGGUUAUACCCCGGAGAGCGAGUGGACUUGUUCUCCAUGAGAAUAUGAAGAAGAAGAAAGAUGAUAAGACUGUCCCUCCUCCUACCUGCAGCCGUAUUAGCUGCAGUUCCAGGAUAAGCUCCAACAAGGGUCUCUCCAUUGAUCAUCAUAAACCAAAAUCUACUACGCUUAGAUCUCCUCCAAACGGAAAAGAAACCGUUGGGAGUUCGUCGUCCAGAACUACGAGUGGAUUAACAAAAGCCUCCAAAGUUACCGGUGGGAGGAGACAACUCUCUUCUCUUUUGGACACAACAGAUUCCUCAGAGAGUAGUAGCAGUAUUCAUGACGAGGCAGCCGCCACUGAGCGACGUGGAAAGACUAAAGAAAGCACCAUUAUCAGAGAAGUUGUGACAGAGGCAGGAAGCUCAAGCAGAGGUACCAACAGAAGCAUACAUCAGAGACCUGAUCUGUUCACCCGUAUGGGUAGUAGUAGUAGGGUGCAAAACGCAAGAGUUGGUGUGAAGAGGAAUGGGAUGAGCAAACCUGAGUCUGAUGUCAUUCCUUCUUCCAGUUCAAACCCAACGAGAAAACUAAACACUUUUAGAAAGAAAACCUCUGAUGGAGAGAGCAGCUCUUCAAACUCUAGUAGGUCAGUGAUUGAGGUAAAGAACCAGAGCUCUCCUCCUCCUCCUCAUGGCAGUGGUAUCAUAACCAUGUCUGAAUCUAGGAGGAACAGAAACUCGCCUAGUGUUAGGGACAACAGCGUUGUUUCGAGUAGUAGUACUAGGAGGUCAACUGGUAGAACAGUGCGUUCUUCUGGAGCGGUUGCAACAACUUUACAACAAGCGCCGCAACAGCCUGCAGCAACAAGAGCUGGUCUCAUCAAUCCCUCUAGAUCUAAUAAUACACAAGUUUCUCGUAGUCCUUUACAUAGUUACAGUAGGCCAAUCAGUAGUAACGGCAGGUUACGUAGCCUGAUGAUGCCUGGUGGUGGUAGCCCCUCUCGCUCUUUGAUUAACCGUGAUGGUUUCAGACGUUACGACGUUAGCGGAGUUGCAGAGGUAUUGUUGGCUCUGGAAAGGAUGGGACAAGACGAAGAGCUUACAUACGAGCAAUUAGCUGUUUUAGAGACCAAUCUGUUCUUGAAUGGCUUCCAUGAUCAGCAUAGAGAUAUGAGGCUUGACAUUGAUAACAUGUCGUACGAGGAGCUAUUAGCACUGGAGGAGAAGAUGGGGACAGUGAGCACUGCUCUAAGCGAGGAAGCUCUCCUUAAAAGCCUGAAGUUAAGCACUUUUAAUCAUCCAACAGAUGAAUCUAGUGGAACUUGCUUAAACAAAGAUGAUGUCAAAUGUAGUAUAUGCCAGGAAGACUAUGUUGAUGGAGAGGAAGUAGGGACUCUGCCUUGCCAACAUAUGUACCAUGUGAGCUGUGCGCAACAAUGGCUUCGAAUGAAGAACUGGUGUCCUAUCUGCAAAACCUCCGCCGCAGAAUCUCAGCCACAGCCAUUUUCAUGAAACAUCAGAGUGUGCUCGUCUCUGAUUCCUACCAUCUCCUGUUUUAUUUUCUUUGUACAUAAAAAAUCUCUUUUUUUUCUUUACUUAUACACACAAUUGGGAACAAAUAGAAGAAUAAGAAUCAGGUGGAGAAAGUCCUCUUUGACCUGUAUAAAGAUUUUUAACAUUUCAAACCACCAAUAGUUGGUUUAAUUCCAUAAAUAUAUACUGUUAUUCCA